AUGCAAUUCACUGUCGCCUCGCUCGCUCUCUUGGGUCUCGCCUCCGCAGCACCAACCCUCAAAACCAGCGCGACUGACACCUCCCCGACCUUCAACCUUAUGUACCAGUCCAAUAUCAACAACCCUGGGCCCAUAGAUGCACUCAACACUGGGUCAUGGUACGUCACAGCAUCCAACGGCAAGGCUGUUCUCUCCUCCUUCGCCUCCCGCGGGCUCCUCUACAAAUACGGCACCGGCCCACGCAUUGCACAAGCCUCGGUCGGCCUGACCAUCACCCCUGGCGGAACAGCCACCGUGCCAGACGGCAAGGCUAUCGAAUUCGUUGUGAACAACGGUACCGCGCCCGUCGACAUCCAGCUUAACUCAUCCGGCAUCCCGACGCUGUGGCACGACGGUGGACGCUUCCAGGCGUGCCAGGGUGACGGAGAGGAGAUCUACUUGAGCUAUGUGCAGCCGGGCCAGAGGUUUUUGGCGGCUUGUGCGCCGGUGGAGUUGCAGACUGUGUGCUCAACCCUGGGCGUUGGAGAAGAGAUGAAGGGCCAGCUUGGGGAGAUUGAGGAUGUGGCUUGCAUUCACAUCAGUGAUUAG